UGGCUGAGCUUUGAAAAGAUACCUACUGUAUUACUAAGAAGUCAACAGACAGCCAAGAUUACAUGAACAGAUUUAGGACAUUUUCUCUUGUGAUUAUCAGUAGAGAACAGACAAGCAAUGGAUGUCUUUCGGUCCAAACAAAUAUAUAAAGGGAAAAUACUGCGAUUGUUUUCUAGUUUCUCUUGUACCCGAGAUCAAAGUAAAGGCAAGCAUAAAUCUCAUGAGGUGGAAAAAAAGCUGUGUAGAGAAAAUAAGGCAUUGAGAGAUGAAAACAAGGCUCUGAGAAAAGACAACAAAUUCCUAUGGGGGGAAAAUAAAGCCUUAGGAAGAGAAAAUAAAACAUUUCGGAUGGACAACCAAUUCAUCAGGGAAAGGAAUCAUAUCUUAAGACAGCAGAAUCAGCUACUCAGGAAGGUGAAGAGGUUGAUUUUAGAGAGCCAAAAACUCCCAGGAGAAGAGCUCAAUACCUUGAACUCAGAAAGAAAUUCUUACUGGCAACAGAACAGAGCUGUGGAGGCUCAGAUCACAGCUCUCAGGCAGCAAGAGAAAGCCUUCCAGAAUGAGACUAAGGCUCUGCAUGAGGAGAUCAAGUCCCUGCGUGAAGAGACCAAGGCUCUCCAGUACCAGGAGAGGGCUCUCAGGAUGGAAGAGAAAGCCCUCAUGAGGGAUGGAGUUGCUUCUGAGCUGGAGGAGGCCCUGACCAAGGAGGGAGCUGCUCUGGAGCUGGAAGAACAGGCUUUGUGGAAGGAAGAACAGGCUCUUCGGGAGGAGAACAAGGCGCUGAGAGAAGAGCACGGGGCUUUACAAGACGAGGAAGUCGCCCUGCAGGAAGAGGCAAAGAUCCUGCAAGAGUGGAACAAUGAUCUUCAGGGGAAGAUCAUCAACAGCCUCCCAGAGCAAACACACAAAGACGUCCAGGAGAAGAAGUGUGACCUAAAAAUGUAA